CACACACCCUAGAACUUGUCAACACAAACAUGGCGGCCGGGAUGGAGCUCGCACCGUUCAGACAGUGGGAUGAUUUUUUCCCUGGAGUGGAUAGAUUUGCGAAACCAGACAUUAAGGAUUUAACUAAAUGGAACAACAGAGUGAUAAGCAACCUGCUUUAUUACCAGACUAAUUACUUUGCUGUGUUUAUUGUGGUUUUUCUUAUUGUUGGGUUUAUGAACCCUCUCGGCAUGAUCCUGGGUGGCACCGUGGUGUCGCUGGUGUUCAUGGGGUCGGUGUGGGCCGGAGAGAACAAGGCUGUGAUCAAGAACUUUAAGAAGAAGAACCCGUCGCUGUUCAUCAUCGCCGUUCUGGGAACCAGUUACUUCCUGCUGUCUCUGUGUGGAGGCGUGAUGGUGUUUAUCUUCGGCAUCACUUUCCCACUGCUCUUGAUCCUGAUCCACGCCUCGCUCCGUCUCCGCAGCAUGAAGAACAAGCUGGAGAAUAAGAUCGAAGGUGUGGGACUGAAGAAGACUCCCAUGGGUGUGAUCUUAGACCUGCUGGAGCAGCAGGAGGAGAAGAUCAACAAGAUCCAGGAUUUCAUCGAGAGCAAGCUGAAGGACUGAGCGACGGGACGGAUCCGAUCCUCGCCGGGUUUCUCCUCCCGAUCCGUUACGUCUUUAACACUGUUAAUGUCCUUCGCUUUCGCAAGCCGUGAUGUUCGUGUUUAAAUCUAUCCGAAGAUCCUGAAGGGCCGCGGCACUGAAACGUUUUUCCUCUUAUAACACAAACCGCUCUCGCGUCCCGUUACACUCGGACGUCACGUAUUUCCGAUUCGGAACGUUUUUCAGUGCUUCCAAUCAGGAUAACAUGUCCGCCUCCUAAAUGUGGAAAAAUCAUAAAAUUUAACAAGCAAUGUUUUAUUUAAUCUAAACUCUUUAUCUCUCCAUCUGAAGCAUCAAGUGCUGAAAAAUAAUCACUCUAACAAACACCUUCUGCUUUUGCUUAAUUCUUUAUUUAAAAAAAGGCAACUGCUUCUUUCGUGCAACUGUUAAAGCACAAACCUCAAUUUAUACUACGAAAAAAAACAAAAAAUAUUAUAAUAGGGUUUUUUUUUAAUUUAAUAAAAAUUACAAUUCAAAAAUCCCAAAAUUCAAAAACGUUGCUAUAAGCUUUUAUUUAAAAAAAAUUCAAAAACAAAGUUAGAACAUUUUUCCCCCAAAAAGUUAACAUUUAAAAACAAAAAUCCAAAAUUCCAAAUAUUCAGAAAACAUUGUUACAACCUUUUUCCAGACAAAAAUUAAAAUACAAAAUCCGAAAAAUUUAAAAAUGGGUUACCAUGAUUUUCCCCAAAAGGUUCAAACAAAGGUUCAAAAACAUUAGUACAAGUUUUUUUUUCCCAAAAAAGAAAUUAGAAUUCAAAAAUUACAAAAAUUCAAAAACAUUAGUACGAGCUUUUUUUCCUCAAAAAAGUUUCCCUCAAAAAUUCCAAAAUCAUUGUUACAAGCAUUUCUCCUAAACAAACAAGCAGCAAUUAAAAAAACAAAACAAGCAAAAAAAAAGUUAUAAUUAAAAACACAGGUAUGUUUUUUUGAAGUUAAAAUUUAAAAUAAGAAAAAUCAAAAAUAUUGUUGCAUGUUUUUUUUUCUCGUAGUUAAAAAUGAUGCAGCGUGAGUGAUGCUUGCUGUUCACCGUGGAGACGUCUGAUGUGUUUGUUUGAUCCCGACUGUCUUUCCGACUUUAAUUUCAUGAUCAUCUUUUUUUUUUAAGUUUUAAAUUGCGAGUAAACGAAGUGCGGCUCGAAGCCUCGGUCAGUAGCUAACGCGUUUAAUGUUAAACGAGGUGAAACUCUCAGCGAUGCGGCUCGUCCGUCCCCUCGGUGACGUCGUUCGUCUUCGCCAUCGAGUCGUUUCGUGCGUCUUGUUCUGGGAUUGGAUCAGAUUUUAACCGCAUGCCUUUACACUGAGAGUCAAAUCCGUCUCUGAUUGGUCCGAUUGAAGUCUAAGCGUUAAUAUGCAAAUGAGUUAAUUAUACUCGAUCACUAGUUUUCCAUUCAUUUGUGUUUAAAAAAAAAAAAGAUUUAGUAUCACAAGUUCAAUCUCAAAAACACCUUAAACCCCUUAAAGACGUUACGAUGUUGUGAUGUAACGUGUCUUAGCUUGUCACGUGGCUUCACGUCUCGCACCUUGGAAUUGCGUUCACACCUGCAUGUUUAUGCGGAUUAUUCUAAUCCGGAUUAAAAAAAAAAAACGGCCAAGCGUACUCAUCGUCUCAGAUACGUAAUGUAUUAUAACGUAUUACGAAAGCACUUUAUAAAUAACGCGUUUUUAUUUUCUUUGCUUGUACGUGAUGUCUGUAUCAUGAAUUAGCUAACCUAUACUGUGUAUGCUAGCUUACGUUACCUAUCUUACCUUUUUAUUAUAACUUUUUUUUUUUUUUUGCACAUUUAUAUUAGUGUCAUAGAGGCCCAGUAAGAGAAUAACGACGGAGAACAAGUAGGAAGAAAAGCAAUUUUCAGAUUAAAAGAUUUUUUUUUUCGUUAUUACUCUAAAACUUGAAUUUGCUCGUCGUGAUGAAUGUUACUAGUUUUACUGAUUAGUUUUGGGAGAUGAGAAAUAAAAGCUGCACAUUGCACUCACUGCAUGUUAAAAUGCAUUCACAGUGGCAUGUUGGGGGGAAAAAACAAGUUACAGAAUUUUUUUUUUUAUUGAAAUUGUGUAUAUUUCUUGAUUUAUUCGCACCAAAGCCAAGUGCAGUCCAAACAUAAACAUCGUUCUUUUACCAGCUUUGGGGUUUGAACUCGCAACCUUCUGGUCACUGGAGCAGAAUUUUAGUAAUUUGCUAAUUUACAGUCAUUUACUGCUACCUCAGAUAACGAUCACAAACCUCCAACAACUCAAAUGAAUCAAACAAACUCGAAUCAAUAAACGCAAAUGAAUCAAACUCAAAUUAAUCAGUCAAAUUCGAAUAAAAAAAAACCCAAAUGAAUCAAACAAACUCAGAUGAAUCAAAAUCAAACUCAAAUGAAUCAAAUUCUAAUAAAAAACACAAAUGAAUCAAACAAACUCAGAUGAAUCAAUCAAAAUCAAACUCAAAUGAAUCAAAUUCUAAUAAAAAACACAAAUGAAUCAAACAAACUCAAAUGAAUCAAUCAGAUGAAUCCAACAAACUCAAAUGAAUCAAUCAAAUUCAAAUCAAAAAACGCAAAUGAAUCAAACAAACUCGAAUGAAACAAAUUCAAAUAAAAAAACAAAUGAAUCCAACAAACUCAAAUGAAUCAAUCAAAUUCAAAUAAAAAAGACGCAAAUGAAUCAAACGUACUUGAAACAAAUAACUCAAAUGAAUCAAUCAGAUUCAAAUAAAAAAAAAACAAAUGAAUCAAACAAACUCAAAUGAAUCAAUCAAAUUCAAAUCAAAAAACAUAAAUGAAUCAAACAAACUCGAAUCAAAUUCAAAUCAAAAAACACAAAUGAAUCAAGCAAACUCGAAUGAAUCAAUCAAAUUCGAAUCAAACAAACUCAGUUGAAUCAAACCCCAUGCUUACUAUUGAAUCAAGAAUUCUGGUGCAUUUAAUCAGAUAUUUAUUUGCGAGCUCAGUUCUCUAAACACUCCGCAUGAUCGUCAUCUGCAUAUUCACUCGUGAAAGUGUUUAAACGAUUCUCACACUGAUGAAUCUCUGAGUGGGGAAAAAAGAAGACGCUCUAAUUUUUAGCUAUGCAAUGAAUAUAACAACCGCUUUGCCAAUUUAUUUAUGUAAAGAAUUUCCCUUAAUGUCUCUUUAUUUCUCUAAGGAAGGAUGUUUUCUUUUCUUUUCUUUUUUUUUUUUUUUACAUUACAUAUACUGUUACUGUUCCUCAAACCAAACUGCUUUUACAGUCGUAUUUAUUGUUUAUAAAAGUUGUAUCUAUGCAUUUAAAAUGGUCUAAGACGCCUUUAUAACCUUCAACUGUCUUUAUUUUCCUUUUCUGAGACGGUAACUGAUGCAGAUGCAGAGUUAAUAAACGUUUCUGACGGACUAAAAUCUGUGCA